AUGCUCCCGGAGGAACUGUGGAUGGACAUCUUUGACUUCCUUCAAGAUGAUCUUAGUACUCUCCGAGCGUGCAACUUGACAUGUCGUGCGUGGGUACCGUUAGUCCGCCGCCACCUCUUCCACUCAUUCGCGGUGCGCAAUAAUACCGAUUUUGCUCACCUGAAGUCGCUCGUCAAGACGGGACUUACACCGUUCAUUCGUAACAUCACAAUUGACGCGGCAGCAGGUGCACAUAUGAAGUUUCUGGAAAAACCGCUUCCUCAAUUGUUGCAACGGCUGUCAGCUGUCGACAAGCUGCAUCUCACAUUCCCCGCGGGAAGACACAUGUCUUGUAUCAGAGCGGAGACUGUGCAGAGUAUCCUGGCUUCGUUCCCAGCGAAUACCGUGAAUGUGGAUGGUUGGUUUUGGCGCCCGAGCCUCCAGAUCCAGGUGUUGCCGUGUUGCUUCGUUACUGUGCAUAAGGCUAGGGACCGCAUGUACAAGUUGCCAUCAUCGCCUUACAUGCCUUCAGGCUCGGACCAUCGAGCAGACUCAGAGAUCCAGAUUUCCGAGCUCAGAUUGGCCGGUUCGACAUGCGCGGGGAUAAUUCAGGCUGGCGCGGUGGCACACUUUCUGCGUCCUCCCUUCAAAGUCAAUGUUCGGAGGCUCGAGUGGAAUAGCCGCGGUUCUGAGGCUUGCCAGGACCAGCUUGCUUCUAUACUGCAGAGAGCCGAUACCCUGCAAUUCUGCCAUAUUGCAUUAUUCCCCUCCAUAGGACUUAAAGACACCAAUUAUAUCCCGCGGGCAAUGGAUGGCGUUCGGUUUGCCCACCUCGAGUCGUUACACCUUCAAUUUAACAUGUACUGGCUGGGGCCCAUGUAUGCUUGGGCACUGCAUAUUCUCUCUCGUGUCCACUCUCCACACUUAGGGGAACUCAAGAUCACCUUUCAGGGUCAUCCUUCAACCCGGUCUAUACCCGAUCCAGAAAUGCUUGACUGGGGAGUGUUCGAUGCAGAGGUCGCUCGCAUACACGCGGAAGUCCCGCAGCUCUUCGUCCUGUUCAUGUUGAAAGUCAGCAAGCGGUGUAUGGCGCUGUGGGUGCGCUGGGUGACUGAGGUGAUCACGACACGCUUGCCCCGUGCGCGAGCGAGCAGGGUGCGAGUAGGACUGGCCUAUCCCGAAUCGCAUGAUUCUGCCUCUACAGGCGCGGGAGAGGAUUCGAUGAUCGUGCAGUGGUUGUUGUGA